AUGUCGUCGGACGAAACAAAAGCCAAGGAGAAAGCACCACCAGUUGUGAAAAGCCACGUUCAAAAGGACUUCAUUCAGAGAUUAGAGGCAUCUGGACAACUCAGAAGUGAUAUUUCCACGCAAGGUAUUUUCAACGCCGAUAAAGGUCAGUUUGGAGAACCAGGAUCUGCUGUAAGACGGUUUCUUCAAUUCGAAUUCAAGAACAUCCAACAGAAGUCACCAAAGGCCUAUCUUGCUUACUUGGACAAGUGGAAAGUUACACCAGGUUUUGCGUUCCGAGCAGAGCUCCGAGAAUACCUAGCUGAGGAGGCACGAGCAAAGAAGAAGAAAGGGAACAAGACUGUUGAAGAUACUGCUUCCGCAACGCAAGCCACCUCGGAGUUAACCCCCUCAGAGAGUGUCGACAAGGAUUCUGACGACGAAAGCAUCAACGACGAUAAGAAGAGUGUCGACGACGACGAGACUCCCGAUAGCAACUCUUCCUCUACCAACGAGAGUCCAGAGGAGGAUCAUAUCACCAGCGAGCCCUUCAACAAACAAGAAGCCACCAACAGCACUAUCAAAGAUAAACGAACCCCGAAGAAGAUCGCAUUUGAAGUAGAA